CGUAACUUGAACGCUUCUCCCGGUGCAAAACUCAGUCAUUUCUGCAAAUUAAUCACACAUUUUCUAUUAGGAUCACUGCAUCUUGUGCCUGACAUUAUAAGCACGAUGACAUUCAAACGCUGCAUGGGGUAUCUUGUAUUCUCCAUUGCAGUCAUCGCCAUGGCUGCUGCAACUGAAACGUAUCCGGAUUAUGCUGAUGAGGCGGUGGAAAAGGCACCUGAAAACUUUCUCCCUGAAUUGUACAGACUCUGGAUGCAACGUAAAGCGCUGGAAAAUGCAGGUUAUGGAAUUCCGAUUGAACAUCUCAUGAUUAGAAAAUCUCAACGAUCUCCUUCUCUGCGCCUUCGAUUUGGACGUUCGGGUCCUGCAAUUCCCACAGGAGUACUUCCAAGACCGAACGGUGGGGCAUUCCAAGACAUCUAAUUGAUGGCAGUUUAAUUAGUUUUCAUACUCAGCUAGAACUUCCGUUGCGUACUUUGUAAGCGUCAUUUCACUAAUUCGAAAUCCCCUUCCCGAUUUACCCGUUUCAUCGAGAAUCAAAUUGGUAUUAUUCCGUAAAAUUACCAAAAUUUUAAUUUUCAAAAAAAUCUUCUCGAGGCUUUUUCAUACAAAAUUUAAAUUAAAAUUUGAAAAUUAUAGAAAUUUGUUUAAAAAUUAUAAUGUAAAACCUCUAUAUUGCAAAAAUAAGAAAUGGUAUCUUUAAGCUUUAAACAGUUUUAUACAUAAUUGGAAACUGUAGUCCCAAUAAUAUGUACAUUAUCCUUUCUUAGAAAAAAAUGAGUAUUAAAAACUUUACCUUUCUGCACGAAAGAAUUAUUUAUAGAAAUCUGAGUGUGCACCUUAUUAGACCCACUCCUUAAAAUGUAUAAUAUCUAACUUUCCAACGGAAUAGUAGCUAUUUGUUUGCUCUUCUUUUCUCACUGUAGUAAUAUAUAACGCAACUAAUUUUGUCUAAUAAUGAAUAAACAGGAAAGAAAAUUUUUUGCAAUAAUUAACUUUUAAGAGAUUUCAUUUCAGUAUCUUCUAAUUCAUAAUUAUUAUGAUAAAUGUCAGUUUAAUUACCUAAGUAUGACAAUCAAUGGAUUCGGAAUUUAAAAAGUUAGCCAACUUAUUUAUGUAAUUUUAGCACUAACAAAUGAUUGUGGACUUAUUUGCGACAAAUAACUUUAUGCUUAUAACUUUAUAACUUCAUAACUUUAUGCUUGUUAUUCGCGCUGAAAUGAAAUAUUAUUUAGAAAAGGUCGAAACAAUUAUUUAUUAUUCCAAAUUAAUGUUUUGGCUAACUCUAGAUAUUUAUACAUUUAUGUAUUAAAUAUAAGCUGUAAGUAUAUUAGCGUUGCGCAAAAUAUAGGCGAUUUACCUCAAUGUUUUCUUCGAGUGUGUUAAAGUAGCAAUCGUUUUUAUUAAAAAAUAAAUAAAUUCGCAACUUUUUAUUCGCCAAAUCACAGAAAAAAAAACAAUAAUUGGUGUAGGUUCAAUCAAACAAAAAUUAUCAUUUUAGAUUCAAUAGAUGUGCCAAAUAUUGUGAUCGUCGUGCACAAAAAAAUAACCCAGUGUACCACUUUUCUUGCACAUUAUCACUUUUUAACCAAGAAUGCGAAAAUCUGCAUUCAGAAUUUGAAAGAUCCCCAAAAUCUGAAUGCGCGAUGACCGAAAAGAGGACUGUGUAAGUAGCUGUUCCAAAAAUUAAAGUAAAUUGCUGAAUAUGAAGAGAUGUGAAUAAUAACAGAGAAAAAUAUCUGAGAUAAGAUAAUACAAGUCACUAUUAGAAUCAGAAAAACCAAAAUGAAAUUUCAGAAAUUAAACAUUAAUUCACUUAUUAUUCAUUGUACCAACUAAAUAAGAACAACAAAAUACGCUACAGAGUUCAAAGAUUUGAUGAUUCGAAAAAAAUGUACAAUAGCCUAAACAAUUAUUUGCGAAAUGUAUUUUCUAAUUCGAGAUUGACUUGUCCUAGAGUUUCUCAGAAAAUCUUAAAACUGCAUUUUAAAUGUAUAAUAUAUAGCCAUUUUCGCGACUAUCUUCAAUAUCAAUCAUGUAACUUUUUCGUUUUGAAUACACAAUACCUGAAAA